AUGGCGGAUGUCCUGCUGCGGCUCCACCUUGGGACCGGCGAAGACGCGCUGGGGCCCCUGCGGGAGUGCUGCUCGCUCGCCACGCGCAGGCUGUACAUCCAUGUGGGUGGAUAUGUGCAGUGCUCAGGAGACCAUGACCAUACCACGCUUGCAUUUCCCAUGUCCAACACGGAACUUGCGCUGCGGUGCCUGGCAGCCUGGUACGAUGUCGUGGCCAGGGUAGAGCCCCGGCUGGAUGUCGUGCCACUGUUCCAUGAGGCGGGCUGGACAGAAGAAAAAGUGGCCAUCCUAGAGGGACUGGGAACGAUCUGCGCCUCAGUCGACGAGAAAGAAACCGCGCAGCACUCUGUUCAGACCAUGAAUGCUGUUCGAGAGGCUCGAGACCUGGCACCCCUGGAACUCACAAUCCUGCAGGCGAAUGGAGCUGAAGAAAGAGAGGGCCAGUCUUGGGACAAGGGCUACUGGCAGACGUUUGAGAGGGUGGCCAUGGGUGGCACGUUCGAUCGCCUGCAUGCUGGCCAUCGACUCCUGUUGGCAGCAACUGCACUUGUUUGCUCAGGGCAUGCAUUUGUGGGUGUCACAGUGGACAAGAUGCUCCAUCACAAACAACACGCAGACCUGCUGGAGCCAUUUGCCACCCGCAGCGGCGCAGCCGUAGACUUCAUUCGGACCGUCCGGCCGAGCCUUGAGGUCCACGUCUCUCAACUGGGCGACCCCGCGGAGCCCACCAUCGCCGAGACGGACCCAUCCGUUGAGGCCAUCGUGGUUUCACGUGAGACCAUCAUCGGUGCGGAGAAGAUCAACGAGGGGAGGAGCAGGAGGGGGUUUGAGCCUCUGCAGGUGAUCGUCGUCGGCCUAGUUGGCGACAGCGGCACACAGGGGAGCAAGUUGAGCUCGAGCCAACUGCGCGAAGCGGAUGCCAGGGCUUACGUAUCAUGA